AUGCACUCUCACUCGGGGCAGUUCUGCCCCGGCCACGCAAAAGACCAACUCGAAGUCAUCAUCCAGCACGCCAUCUCACAAGGCUACAAAACCAUUGGUCUCACCGAGCACAUGCCACGUUACGAGCAAUCCGACCUCUAUCCCGAAGAACUAAUCGAGCAAGACCCGCUCACCACCAUGGUCACUCGCCAUGGAGCUUAUCUCACCGAAGCCUCCCGUCUCCAAGCAGCCUACGCCUCCCAGAUCCACAUCCUCAUCGCCUUUGAGGCCGAGUUCAUCCGCGAGUCGUACGCAGACCCGGUACGAUCCCUCUUCGCCGACCCUAGGGUCGACUACUUCAUCGGCUCGGUGCAUCACGUCCACGGCAUCCCCAUCGACUACGAUAAGAAAACGUACCUCGAUGCCGUGCAGAAGAGCACCCGACAGACAGAGGAGAGCCUCUGGGAGGACUACUACGAUCUACAGUACAAGAUGCUCACGGCGCUUGAACCAAAGGUAGUAGGACACUUUGAUCUGAUCCGAUUAAUGAGCGAGACACCGGGACACGACCCGAGGACGUGGAGCAGGGUAUGGGACAAGGCCGUGCGGAAUCUCAAGGUGGCGAGGGAGCAGGAUGGCUGGCUGGAGUGCAACACGGCCGCGUUGCGAAAAGGCCUUGAUGAGCCGUAUCCCGCGAGACCGAUUGCGGAGGAAUGGAUCAAGAUGGGGGGCAAGUUCACCAUGUCAGAUGACAGCCACGGCAUCGCGCAGGUCGCCACGAAUUACGAGAGGGGACUGACGUAUCUGGAAAGCUUGGGCGUCACGGCGCUAUGGACGUUGAAGAGAAAGACGCAUCCUGGCAUUACGGAGGGGAUCAGAGGAGAGGUGGAGGAUGUGGCAGUGCCACUCACGGCAUUCCGAGAGACGCUUUCCGCAUAG